AAAAUCCCCACCCAAAACCCACGCAGAAAACAGCCCAGCCAAGGCAGCAGGCAGCAGCCCUCGCUCGCGUCCCUCAUGGAGCCGGCGACCGGCGUAGGAGGCCCCGGCCCCGGGGCCGGCUACCCUGAGUCCACGGAGUCCUCGCCGCGCAGCCGCGGCGGCGACUCGUGGGACGAACCCUUCCCGUCCUCGGCGGCGGCUGCGGCCGCGUCGGUGGGCGGCGGGCGGCUGCGCCUGAUGUGCAGCUUCGGCGGCCGCAUCGUCCCGCGGCCGACCGACAAGACGCUCUGCUACCUGGGCGGGGAGACCCGGAUCGUGGCCGUCGACCGAAACGCGUCCCUCGCCGACGUCCACGCGCGCCUCUCGCGGUCGCUCCUCGGCGGCCACCCCUUCACCCUCAAGUACCAGCUCCCCAACGAGGACCUCGACUCCCUCAUCUCCGUCUCCACCGACGAGGACCUCGACAACCUCGUCGACGAGUACGACCGCGUCGCCGCCUCCUCCUCCGGCGGCGGUUCCUCGCGCACCUCCCGGAUCCGUCUCUUCCUGUUCCCGGCCAAGCCCGAGUCCUCCUCCUCGCUCGGCUCCCUCCUCGACGACUCCUCCAAGUCCGAGAACUGGUUCGUCGACGCCCUCAACAGCGCCAUCUCUGGCUCCCUCGAAGACAUCCCGCGGGGGAUCUCCACCGACUCCGCCUCCGUCAACUGCCUCCUUGGCCUCGAGGAUGACUCGUCCGUGCACUCCCGCGGCGGGGUACCCAACUCGGGACCGACGGAGGACCAGCGUGCAAACCAGCAAAAGCUCCCGGCCGCCGCCGCCGGGAGGCAUCCGCACGACGUCCAGUACGUGCCCGACUCGCCGAUGGUGGACAAGAACUCAUCGUUCGGGUCGACCUCCUCUGCGCCGUCGCUAUCGAAUCUGCCGCCUAUACGUGUGCGGCCGGAUGACCGCCUGCCGGAAGGCCGCGUCGGGCCACCCCCUGCUGCCGUGGAGGAUCACUUCGCGCAGAUGAGGAUCUCCGAGCAGCAGUUGCAACCUGCUGUGGCGUACAUGCAACAGCCACCGCAGGUGCCGAUUCCUGCCAUGACCGCUCCAAUUGCCAGCAUGUCGCCAUCGGAGGCGUCCAGCAGAGUGUUCUCCGACGAUGACAAGUCCGAUCACGGGGGCGGAGGUCGGAAGCCGCAGCCUCCAAAACAGGAGGUUCCGCCAGUUGCUGAUCCCACCAAUAGAGCCGUCUACUACAACGAAAGGUCUCCACCUAGCGAAAUGAAGCAGGACAUGCCGGUGGGAACUGAUGGUGGCAGCUACCGCAUCCCAGUAUCAGCUCCGGAUGCUGCUGCCGCCGCUCCACAGCCCCCACCUGGAUAUUUCUAUGCUCAGAUGCAUGCGCCUCCGCCACAGCAGCAACCGCCACCACAGCAGCCACAGCAACCACAGCAGCCACAGCAACCACAGCAAUUUGUCACUGCAGGAAAUCAGCAUUUCAUCCAUAACCCAGCCACUGGCACCUUCAUUCCAAUCCAGUCAUACUACCACCAUCCUGUCCCUCAGCCGGCACCUCAGCCUGUAACGCAGCCACAACAGCAACCCACAUUCGACCCAAAUACUGGCAUGUAUUACAUUCCUAUGCGGCAGAAUGCACCUCAGCAGUAUAGCAUGCCUCCUGGUGCACAAACCACUUUGCCACCUCCUAACCUUGUUGACACAACGCCAAAGGCAACUAUGGCGAUUCCUCAGAUUGCUGUAAAGCCUGAGUUGCAGCAACCUGGUGUUUACCGAACAACAGCUGCUGCUGCCCCCGCUCCAGCGCCUAAUGCAGCGCCUGGAUAUGCCGGGAUGGGCUACCAUCAUUAUAUUCAAUCCCACCACCACCCCGUUCAGCAGCCUGUAUCUAACAUGGCAGGCAAUUUUGGGUACGAGUAUGCUGAUCCCACGCCCGCACAAGUCUAUUACUCACAGGCAGCAGCACCGCCAACAUUGCCACCUCAGUAUCAGCCCAUUGUCUCGCCCGAUGCUGGCCAGGCUGACUUUAAGCAGAACCGCGCCUCAUAGCUCAAGGAUUGGUGAAUUCGGGUAUGUUGUGAAUUCAUGAAGCUUAGUUAUCCUGCUGCUACUUAUCUUUAUUGUUGCUACUACAUGUUACAUGGGCCCAUGGCGAACAGUGGAUGGUGUUAUUAGGCAGCUGCGCAUUUGGGAUCAAAUCCGAGCAUGUGAUUAGAGGGGGUUCAAAAUAAGAUUAUAAUGGGAUGGUUGUUCCUGUGUUGGUGAGACUGAGAGAAGGGUGUUUGCGAUUGGUUCUUGAGAGGCCAAUUGACAAUGUUGGAUUAGAGUGGGGAAAGAGUGAAGUGUUGGAUCCCAGUACCAAUUGCUGUAUUUUUCUUAUUUUGAAUAAAUAUAUAGUGUCCAAAAGAACUCGGUAAAAAUCAAGAACUCAUCAUUUGUGUAGCCCUCUGUAUAUUUGAACUCAUGGAAGUCAUUCGGGUUGAGAUGACAGAUAAAUGUUAUUAGUUUGCUUGUAGAAACUUUAUUUGAGUUAAAUAUCAUAUAUAUGCAUUGGUCCCGUUUGUA